AUGAUAAAUAUUUUAGUAUUUUUAUAGUAAGUAUAGAAUAAGAAAUAGAAAUUUAUUAUAUAAAAUAUAGAUAAAUACAUUAAUUAAAUUAGAAAUUGUUUCAAUCAAUUUAUUUUAUUAGAUAUUAUUUAAUAUUGCGACUUAGGUUUGAAGGUAUAGAAAAGGAAAAAAAAUAAGUAAAUAAACAAAUUAUUUAUUAUCUAUCUAUCUAUCUAUCUAUCUAUCUAUCAAGCAUAUAGAACAAUAAAAUUUCAAGAUUUGGAUUUUUCAAUCAAUUGA